UUUUUCAUGAAUGAUCUACUUCGCGUGCCGUCGACUUAAUAACCUUUUGAACAAAGGUAGCGAAAUGAACUUGAUUGCUAGGCAUUUGAGUUGUUUUGUGCAAAUGAAAUAGGGCAAGGCUUCAGCAGUAACAUCGAAUACGGACCCGACGAACAGCAAGAUGCGCCCAGAUGUGAUUUUCUACAUCAAUAUCAAUGGUAAACAAUUAUAGAUCGGCAACGGAAGAUAAAACAAAGAGCAACCUCAAAGAAAGAAGUGGAUGAGGCCAGCACAAGGAUGAUAGGUGUCUACAAGAGGCAACUGUACCUGAAGCACGCAGGCGCCAAAGAUGACUUAGUCAUAUUUGGCGUUUUGGUUCACGGACUACGAUACGAGUUUUUUGUAAUAUCGUAUAUCGACAUGUAUUAUCCGUUUGAAAAGCUUGCUUGGGGGUGAGUUUGCUAGCUCAGUUGAUAACCUUAAAACUUUCCAGUCAUUACUUCGGCUCAAGUCAGAAAUCAAUGGAGCAACUUGACUAGUUUACCGAAUACAAGUAAACUCUUCCCAACAGUUAGCUACUUCACAGAACACAGUUGAAAUAGAUGACUGGAAAAUAUGCAUCUUUAUUUUUUUUUCUUCAUCAAUAAAAUAAACAACAGUUAACAUACACUUUUUAUCGUUAUUAAAGAGCUGAAGGCUAGUAUUUCAUUUUGAGUUAUAAUCUUGUUUUCAUUCAUUUCAACGCUUGCUUAAUUAUGAGAUGGCUGAAUCGUGGUCAACGCCAUCAAACAAAAAAGCAAAUGCCCAACUAGCCUUACAAAGAGCUUCAACUCAGCUUAGAAAUUGGCUGGUGUGGCUCUCCCCGUCCG